AUGCUCAAUAUAAUCUACCAGCAACAGGUUUCUUAUGUACCUUCUGAUGGUGAAUCAAUGAAUGAUAAUGAUUCUGAGUCUAGUGACACACUAACUAAUUAUCAACUUGUUACAACUCGCAUUGCCAUAAUUCGUACAAUAUAUGCCAAACUUAUUUGGAGAGAAUGGCGUCGCGAAAGACUUUGGGGUCCACGUGUUGGUGUAAUUUUAAUUUCAACUAUGGAAGAGGGUGCAGAAAAAGUUUUACUUAUUUCAUAUAUAUCAGAUAAGCCAUUCCAAUGUUUGAAUUUUGGAUUUCCUAAAGGAAAGCCUAAUUUAGGAGAAACUAUAAAACAUGGAGGUUUUCGCGAAAUGGUAGAAGAGAUUGGUAUAAAUGAUCCAUAUGACAGUAUUAGAGUGGCCAUUAAAUAUGGUGUAGUUAUUAAAAAAUGUCCCUAUAUUGGUGGUCGAGAUCAACGUCGAAGUCGAACACAUUAUUAUGUUAUAGCUACGACAUCCUCUCAAGAUACAACAUUUCAACCAGACAAAACAGAAGUUUGUAAUGUUCAAUGGCAUAGUAUAUAUACUUUGCCAUGUUGUGACACUUGCAAAAUAAAAUGGAGGUUUACACCAGAUGAUGACCCAAAAAUACCUGUCAAUUAUCAUAUGGUUACAUUAAGAGAUAUUAAUGGAGAAAAUUCAGCUGUUCUAGAUAUAUUGGCAUAUGUAGAUGAAAAGAAUGGCAAUCGAAAUGCCUACAAUAAAUAUGUUUAUACUCACCGUAAAUGCGAAGGAAAUUUUUCAUGA